AAGGUUGAGGAGGAUGACCUGGUGUUGACCCCGGAUGGUACCAGGGAGUUCCUGACCUUUGAGAUCCCUCUGAGUGACUCAGGGUCGGCAGGGUUAGGGGUCAGCGUCAAGGGCAACCGCUCCAAGGAGAACCACUCUGACCUGGGCAUCUUUGUCAAGUCCAUCAUCAACGGGGGAGCUGCCUGCAAGGUGAGUCUCAUCUUUCACCUUUCAUUAGAACUAAUGUAAAAAUUUGCCAAUUUUCAUGCUCAUAUAAGUUAUCAAUAAUAUGGUAUUCUUUGGAUAAUAUUGGACGAUAUUGCCACUCCUAUUUGCUAUAUCUUCAAUCUAAGCCUACUAGAAAGUGUGUGCCCACAGGCCUGGAGGGAAGCAAAAGGAAUUCCGCUACCCAAGAAUAGUAAAGCCCCCACCCAAGAAUAGUAAAGCCCCCUUUACUGGCUCAAAUAGCCGACCAAUCAGCAUGUUACCAACCCUUAGUAAACUUUUGAAAAAAUGUGCGUUUGACCAGAUACAAUGCUAUUUUACUGUAAACAAAUUGACAACAGACUUUCAGCACGCUUAUAGGGGAGGACAUUCAACAAGCACGGCACUUACGCAAAUUACUGAUGAUUGGCUGAGAGAAACUGAUGAUAAAAAGAUUGUGGGAGCUGUUUUGUUAGACUUGAGUACGGCUUUUGACAUUAUCGAUCAUAGUUUGCUGAUGGGAGAACAAAUGUGUUAUGGCUUUACACCCCCUGCUAUGUUGUGGAUAAAGAGUUACCUGUAACAGAACACAGAGGGUGUUCUUUAAUGGAAGCCUCUCCAACACAAUACAGGUAGAAUCAGUAAUUCCCCAGGGCAGCUGUCUAGGCCCCUUAUUUUUUCAAUCUUUACUAAUGACAUGCCACUGGCUUUGAGUAAAGCCAGUGGCAUGUCAUUAGUAAAGAUUGAAAAAAUGCGUAUGACUCAACAGCUACAGCGAGUGAAAUCACUGCAACAUUUAACAAAGAGCUGCAGUUAGUUUCAGAAUUGGUAGCAAGGAAUAAAUUAGUCCUAAAUAUUUCAAAAACUAAAAGCAUUGUAUUUGGGACAAAUCAUUACCUAAACCCUAAACCUCAACUAAAUCUUGUAAUAAAUAAUGUGGAAAUUGAGCAAGUUGAGGUGACUAAACUGCAUGGAGUAACCCUGGAUUGUAAACUGUCAUGGUCAAAACAUGUUGCUACAACAGUAGCUAAGAUUGGAAGAAUUCUGUCCAUAAUAAAGCGCUGCUGUGCCUUUUUAACAACACUAUCAACAAGGCAGGUCCUACAGGCCCUAGUUUUGUCGCACCUGGACUACUGUUCAGUCGUGUGGUCAGGUGCCACACAGAGGGAGCUCUGAAAAUUAAAAUUGGCUCAGAACAGGGCAGCAUGGCUGGCCCUUAAAUGUACAUGGAGAGCUAACAUUAAUAAUAUGCAUGGAAAUCUCUCAUGGCUCAAAGUGGAGGAGAGAUUUACUUCAUCACUACUUGUUUUUGUAAGAAGUGUUGACAUGCUGAAUGCACCGAGGUGUCUGUUUAAACUAAUAGCACACAGCUCGGACACCCAUGCAUACCCCACAAGACAUGCCACCAGAGGUCUCUUCACAAUCCCCAAGUCCAGAACAGACUAUGGGAGGCGCACAGUACAACGUAGAGCCAUGACUAAAUGGAGUUCUACUCCACAUCAGGUAACUGAUUCAAGCAGUAGAAUUAGAUUUUAAAAAAACAGAUAAAAAUACACCUUAUGGAACAGCGGGUACUGUGAAGAGACACACACACACAGGCACAUACACAUAAUAAGACACACACUCUAUACACAGGUACACAUGGAUUUUGUAUUGUAGAUAUGUGAUAGUAGAAUAGUAGCCUGAGGGAACACACUUAAUGUGUUGUAAAAAGUGUUAUGAAAUGUAAUGUCAUGUAAAAGUUUAAAUAGUAUAAAACUGCCUUAAUGUUGCUGGACCCCAGGAAGAGUAGCUGCUGCCUUGGGGAUCCUUAAUAAAUACAAAUACAAAUAUACCGGUCUAACCAGCCUCUUAGCAUCUUCUGUCUAGCAGUUCUGAUAGCUGCUCUUCAUUGCUUUUUCUGCUAUUCAUUAUUCCACUGCCAGUACAGUAGCCCGUUUCUGCUCUCUUGCCAAUUCCUUAUGGAAUUAAGUGACCUGGGCAUCACUCGUUGUUUGGUGUGACAAUAAGUGACAAGGAGUUGGCAAGAUAACACAAACCAGGCUAACGGUACAGUGCUAAUGCAUUGAACAGCCUGAUUGUGCGUGUUGACUGAUUCUCAUCCUACAUGUCAUAUCCUGUCUGAACAGGAUGGAAGGCUACGGGUCAACGACCAGCUGAUAGCGGUGAACGGGGAGUCGUUGCUAGGCAAGACCAACCAGGAAGCCAUGGAGACACUAAGGAAGUCCAUGUCGGUAGAGGGCAACAAGCGGGGGAUGAUUCAGCUGAUUGUGGCCAGGAGGGUCACUAAACGCAACGAGGUAGGCCUAACCAUCGCUUUAUUAAAGCUGUGGAGAUACCUAACACCAGCCAGGGGCGGGCUCAUAGAAAUGGCUGGAAUGGAAUGAAUGGAACAGUGUCAAACGCAUAAAAAACAUGCAUUCCUUUUAUUCCUUUCCAACCAUUACUAUGAGCCUUCCUCCGCUCACCAGCCUCCACUGACUAACACGCUUGUAUGCUGAAAUACUUUUCUAACCCACCGGGCGUCUAUGUGUGAUGUUAGGCUUGUUGGAGGCUUUGGAGGCAGCGUCUGAGAGCAUUGUGGCUCCAUUCUUCUUUCCUCAGUCACUGCCAUUGCUAAUGUAUUGUUUGUUUUUUCAAAUGUUCGAUUAUCAUAUUAAAGAUUCACAUUUUUUUAAAUGACUGCAUUCUGUUUUCUCUAUGCGUUUCUUCAGCAGAAAAAUGUGGUCAUUCUUACUAAAAUGUACAAUAUUCCUAAAUAAGGUUAAGGCCACCCAUCACACUGUCAUGAUACCUUUGACAUUUGUUUCAAGUUUGGUCUUUAUUUUUAUUUUUUAAAACACUUGAUAGUUGUUCAGUUACCAUUAACACGCACCCUCACACAUGUAGUCUUCGUCUCAUUCCAAAGCCAGUGACACAUUGCCUAUUCUGAACUAGAGAACUAUGUUAGGGAUAUGAUGAAAGAGCACCCAGUCAGGUGGUUCACAUCAGUUCACACGACAUGAGCUGCGUCCCAAAAUGGCACCCUAUUCGCUAUUUAGUGCAAUACUUUUAAACAGGACCGAUAGGGCUCUGGUCCAAAAAAGUGUACUAUGUAGGGCAGUGUUUCCCAAAUCCAGUCCUCCAGUACCCCCAACAGUACACAUUGUUGUUGUAGCCCUGGACAAGCACACCUGAUUCAACUUGCCAAAUAAUCAUCAAGCCCUCAAUGAGUUGAAUCAGGUGUUGUUCUCCGGGGUUACAACAACAAUGUGUGCGGGAGGAAUGGAGUAGUGAAUAGGGUGCCAUUUGGGAUGCAGCCAUGCUCUCCUCUUAGCCUCCAUGUCCCGAGGCAUGCUGGGGGAAUUAGUGACGGCUGGCCAACAAAGUUACACAUUACUUUUUUUUCAUUUAAAUGUUAACAUGUUGAUACACUCCAGACUCGCUCUCACUCUGUCUUUAUCUCUCUCUCCCUCCCUCUCUUUCUCUCUACCGCCAUCCCUCUCCACAUUUCAAUGUCAUGAUAUUGCUGCAUACUCCAGACUCUAUCCUGGCUUGAUCACUUAUCUAUUGGAGAGCUCUGUCUACUGGUUGUUGUAGUGUGUACUGUGUGCCUCCAGCCCUGCCUCUGCCUCUUGCUACAGUACAUGUCAGACCUGUGAUUUCCCAUGGUGCAGCUGUUAAUUGAAAGCAGAGCAGGGGCUAAGGGCUAAGCCAUGUGCUGCCGUCAGGUUGCAGGCUGUGCUGUGGAAAAGCCAAGGGUGAGAGGAGAGCAUAGAACACUGGCUUUGAAUGAGGUACACACACACACGGGAUGACUCAUCAAUAUCUGCAUCACGGAUACAGCUGUGGGGAUGGCUUAGACUAGAGCAUUAUCUUUCUAGGUAUCUGUAUAGAAGAAGAAUGAUACUUUAUUGAUCCAUUUUUCUUGCAGUCCACUGAAUAUGUGAUAUAUAUGAACCAUAGAAGAACUCUACCAAGGUCAUAGACAUUCAUGUGGCACAGCUUGAUGGACAGGUUGUACUCCUGUCUCCCAUCAACUCACACCAUCCUUCUCUUUCUGACUUAUCCUCCUAACUUUACCUCUAGGGUAGUAAUCAGUGGCAAACUAUUCUGUAUCUGAACCAAUAUUUCCUCAAUACUAAACCCCCACGCAGGGCUAUUCUAUUCAGACAGAUGCCCUAAUCACAAUUCCGACCCAAUUACGACCCUGCACCAGUUUAAUUAUAGGUUUGAAUAUGCAAUGAGUAGAGCAGUGAUUUGUUGACAGGCACACACACACAAACAAUAGGCCCUCUGCUCUGCAGCCAGUUUCAUUAACCAUCUCAUCUCAACAGUCUGAAGCCAUUUGGGCUCUCUAGAAAUCAUUUUUUCAGAUCUCCACCCCCAGUCAUUUGGUGUUGUUCCUAUUUUACUAGUUCUACACCUGUUUUUACUCACAUUUUACUGGCUAAGGUAGCAGCCACGUCUGCUUGAUGAAUGUUUAGCAGUUUCUACAUUAAAUGAACUGAACUUGUCUGUAUCACACCUGUCUCUGUGUUAUCAGCACGUCUAUCAAACGUGGGAAAUGAAAUGAAGGCGCUGUGGAUUGAAUAUUCACUGAUUACAUUUCCUCUUGUUGUGAUGCACAUCUGUUGAUGCUGGCAGUCUUCAUGCUAACAAGUAAUUUUCUUCAUCUUGAGCCAUGAAUACAGAAACCGUUGCACUUUUAGGUCUGGUUUCCCAAACACAAAUUAAACCUAGUCCUGGACUAUGAAGUUCUUUUAAAUGAAGGGUCUCUCCAUUGAGAAUGCUUUUUACACUUGGACUAGGCUUAAUAUGUGUCAGGAAACCAGCUUGUACAGUUUAAAUCAGUGAAAGAGGAGAUUCUAAGUGCAAACAAUGAGGGCAUCGUCACCAUAGAGAUCCUAUAAUUCUAUUGAUUCUAUGUAAUUCUAUGGUCCACACACGUUCAACCCCACUUGCUCCUCAGCCAUGUGUGUUUUUAAAGGUGACCGAGGCAGUAAAUGGCCUAUUUGUCCAAUAAGCAGUGGUGAGUCAGAUAGCCCCUUGAGGAAAAUGGCACCGUGCUGCUCACCUGUGGGGGAAUGUUGUCAGCAGGCGUCUUAACAGCUAUUGAAAAUCCAUUGUCAUUUAUCAAGCUAUCCUAACCAUGGUCGUGGUGGUGCUGGGGCUAAUAUUAGCAUGAACCUAGCCUGCCUCUACAGGUUUGUUAUUUAUCUAGCAAGCUGUGGUAGUGCCGGGGCUAUGUAGCAUGAGGCUAGCCUGCGUCUACCGAUCAACCGGUCCCUCACAGACAGGAUGAGGCAUAAUUUCUAGGUUUAGCUGUAAUCGCUGCUGCAAUCCCACCGUGAGAGAGAAAUAGCCAUAAUGGGGUUUUGGCUUUGAGCUAGAAUGGCAAAACGAGUUAAAAAAUCAAGAUUUAAUCAAAAUGUACUUAAGGGAGAAUUUCGUCUCAUACUGUGCAUUUCCAAUAUAACGAGGAUUCCUUCUUCCAAUGUUACAUGUAUUGAUUGUGCCUGUCUUCCCAAUGCCUUUGUAUGUGUAGCUGGAGGCCCCUGGGAGCCUCCUGGGACCGGAGCAGGCCCUCAACUCCACCCUGCUGGACGACCGGGAGCGUCGUAUCUCCCACUCCCUGUACGGAGGCAUAGAGGGCCUGGACGACAACCUGAUGCCACAGCAGACCCUAAUGGGCAGAAUGAUGGGUGAGUCAGGUCCCCCCAAUACCUUCUCACACCCUUAUUGCUGGGUUAACACCAGAUAUUGUCAUUCACACAUCACACUCUACAAACUGUAAACUAACAGUGUUGAUAAGAUCCAAUUUACACCUGAGCCAAGCUGAGAUGCUGUGUUGUUACUUAAAAAACAAGGCCAAUUAAUUAAAACUGAGAACUAAUAGGACACAAUUUCUGAUUAUUCGUUCGGCUAAAAAAGUAUUCACUUCUAACCAUGUAUAAUACUAGAGGGCAAUUCCACUGUAACGGUGACACUGAGACUCAGAUUUUUGACUUAAAAAUUUCAAACAAAAACCGAUGAUUGCAAAGUUAAACAAACCAUACAUCUCUAUGCACAAUGACUGCUUUUAACAAUUUCCGCAGACAAUUUUACAAAAACGUAUUUACUUGAAGAACAGUGCAGAUGCAAAGUUUGGUAACAGAAUGACCGUUUGUGCUGUUUAUGCCUUCAUUCUGUUACCAAGCUGGGUGGACUGGAAUAGUUGCACCAGUAUCUCCUGUUGUAACAUCUGGCCUAGCGGUUGGUUGGCUGGCUGGUAUCUAUAUCCUAUGAUUGAUUUAAUCUAUGUGGCGCAUUUAAAAUCUGUGUCCUCCCAUCAAACUGCCUGCCACCCUGUCUGUCUGUCAGCCCUCUCUCACAAACACACACACACACACACACACACACACACACACACAGUACGGACACACACAGUACGGACACACACACCACAAACAGUAUGGUCACACACACAGUACUGGUCCUCUCUUUCAGGGUCAGCCUGAGGCGCUGACAGAACAGGCAGACUCCAAACAGAGAGCUCAGGGAUUCACAGAGCACACACACACACACACCAUUGAAUCAAUCAGAAGGUCUGCGCUGCACCAUACAAGGGCCCCUGAGCUGUAAAUUGUCUGACCUUUUCCCUUACAUUUUCCGAGACAUUAAGAUCCGCUGAAAGUUGAAUGGAAACUCACAGCACAGUCUGUUACUCCAUUUCCUGUGUUGACAAACCUGGUGGUCGCAGAUCAUAUAAUCCACUGUAAACACACACAUUGGGGGCUGCAGGGACAUGUACUACUAUAUCUAUUGGAGUAGCCCUAAACUUAUGUUCUUAAAGGAAAGGUUCACCCAUUUUGAACGUUAUAUUGUUUUUGUGCAUCUCUGAGUGAUGUUCUAUUAAUUCCCUGGGUCAUUUCAUGUUUUCAUGUGUAUCUGAGUUAUUGGCGUUCAAGCAGGCAGAAAUCCGGCCGGUAUGAUGUAGCACUGUGAUAAAGUCGCUCUCACAACACUGCAAGUUAAUAGGAAUACGACUUUCAGAUCGCAAAAACGUCUAUCAUACACGUCAGAUUUCAAUACUGGCCGAUGUCAUAACUCGGGAGGAUGUCUUCUGUCGAAUGAGCUAUUGAUCAUAUUUUUUGCGAUAUUCCUACCUCGAGAAACAUUUAUUUAAUGGAGGGUCUAGCACAUUUUUCCUAUUUGUCUGCCUCUUUAGUCCAGGAUGCAUUGCAUGGUGCCGUUGCCAGAGAUAUUAUAGAAAGGAGAUAGGAAUCCAAUGAAUGAAGGAACGUAUAACGCCCCACCUAGCAGACUGUCGACCAAUAGUGUUCACUUUGUCAUGCUGCGUCACGCGGUUGCUACGCUAAUCGUCAUGCAAUCCCUUCUCAAAGUCAGUGUAUAUGUCGAAAAACUUGCCUAUUUUCCUUGAAAGUACGUGAUGUCACGAUUCCAAAUCUAUACCAUAUUACAUAUAGCAAGUUAAUUAUCUCACAUCUCGGAAAAGAUUUGUAAUGUUGUACUUCUUGUUGACAAAAUUUGUGCUAAUGUUGGGUUUUUGAGCUAGCGCCCAAUAGACUCUCAUUCACUCCUUGAAGGAGAGUGGUCCUUGUACCAGAAUUGCCCAGAAUGCACAGUGCGGCCCAUUGACGUAGCAUGGGCAACGUUUCCCAUCUCCUCAAAAGUAUAUCUGCUGUUGGUAAUGUUAGACUCCACUCUGUUAGGCACGUCGAUCUGCAGGUUGAACAUAGUGAGAUUGUAGACUCCUAAAUUGAUAGUGCGGUUUGUUUAUGCAAUUUUACAGCUAACCAGCUACUUUACAUGCUCAUAUUGUCGUUGGUAUUAUUGUGUGUAGCUACGUUUGCUAGCUAGCUAGCCAGCCAGUCCAUACAGAGAGCAUUGCAUUGUGGAUUUUGUAGUCGACUUGAGCUGCAACAGAUUUCCACAACGAUUUUCCAUGUUGCUACCAACCUUAUUAUAACAGCAAAAUGAAACAUUUGUUCACAAAAAAUAUUGUUCUCACUUAUUAUUGUUAUUUAUUAUUAUUUUUUUAAUUAAAAAAUUUAAAAAUACCACUGUAAAUUAAAGGAAUGGAUGGUUUGGGGUGGAUUUUUCCUUUAACGUUGCCAUCUCGCUCAUACUGUAUGAGACCUAUUAAUAGUUUAAAUUACACCACUGUGCGUCCACUGGAUAUCUAUGUACUGAUACAGUGUAAUAUAUCCUAAGCAGGAUUGUUGCACUGUAAGCCCAUUUUAACGUCUGAGAACAAGACAGAAGAUAGGAUUUUCUUCAACUGACCUGAGUUGAGUCUUUAGAAGAGACAGAGCAUAUAACUCUUGACAUUACAGGACUAACGUAUUGCCAAAUGUUCAUCCUGACCCAUUAACCUCUACAGGAUCGUGUCCCGUAUAUGGGAAGGUUGAGCUCACAUGCGCUAAUGUGAUUAGCAUGAAUGUUGUAAGCAACAGCAAACUUUGUCUUAUGUGGGCAGAAAGCUUAAAUUAUUGUUAAUCUAACUGCACUGUCCAAUUUACAGUAGCUAUUACAGUGAAAAAAUACCAUGCUAUUGUUUGAGGAGAGUGCACAACAACAAAAAACGUAUCACGGCAACUGGUUUGAAUAAAUAAUUAAUAUGAUUUAGCAGACGCUUUAUCAAUGGACUUACAGUCAUUGCGUGCUACUUUUGUUGUGGGUCCCGGGAUCGAACCACUACCUGGCGUACAAGCGCGUGCUUCCAUGACUACAGAGAUCCACAAUUCACACUCUGAGGUAAAUAAUGUUUCUUACAUUGAACCUCUGCUCUGUGUCACAUGCUAACGGUCCAGUAUAAAAUGUAGCAUAGUUUUGUUUGAUAAAAUCAAUAUUUAUAUUCAAAUUUAGGAACUGGGUUCUACAGUUUGAACCCUUGCUGUCUCUGGCUCCACACCCACCCCGCCAGCCAUCUAGAUGUGUGAAAGUUAGUGUAUAAGCUAAUGAUCCAUCAUGUAUGACAUUCCUGCGAGUGUGUAAACUUACAUUUUGUAUUACCAUAUCAUUUUUGUAUGUUCUCUAUAGUUAUGUACUUGAAAAUGUAUCAAUUGACCAAUUCGGCACAUUUGGGCAGACUUGAUACAAAAUAGUCCAGUAUUGCAAUGCUUCACUGGAUCAAUCUGUGAAACUUUGCACACACACUGCUGCCAUCUAGUGGCCAGAAUCUAAAUUGAUGAAAAAAUAUGAAAAAAAUCAAUAAAUAGAAAACACAUGUUUUUUUGUUUGUACUAUCUUUUACCAGAUCUAAUGUGUUAUAUUCUCCUACAUUAAUUUCACAUUUCCACAAACAUCAAAGUGUUUCCUUUCAAAUGGUAUCAAGAUAAUGCACAUCCUUGCUUCAGGUCCUGAGCUACAGGCAUUUAGAUUUGGGUAUGUCAUUUUAGGCGAAAAUUGGGAAAAAAAAGGGUCCGAUCCUUAAGAGGUUAAACAACAGCCUGGCUUUGGAGGUUUACAUGUCAUAGAUUUUCAUCUCAGUUGUGUGCCUCACUUGUGGGCCUUAAAUUGAGUCAUUGACUUUGACUUUGGUUCAUAGCAAGGCUUAUUUAGCUAAGCUUAUUUCUCCAUAUGUCUUGCCAGGCCUAGAGUUAGGAAUUGUCAGUGUUGCUUUGUGUCAAUGUCAGAUUGGAAGUGGUUGGAAUAGAGUAAAAGCUCUUUAUAAACCAGUAUUUAAUUAACUGGAAUUGUUUAAUAGAGAUGGGAUGAAGGACAAUGUUUGUCUCAUGGUACACUAUUCCCCACAUAGUAGUAGUUCAGUAGUAGUCUAUGGGCCAGGAGAGACUGUGAUGUGUUCAGGUUAUAGACAAAAAAGUCAGACUGGGCGGCAUGAAUACGUGUGGACUAGCUAGUUUAAAAAACAUAUUGCGUCCAAAAUUCUAAACUGAAUGAACACAUACAUCACUUUGUACCUCAACACUUCUAAGCUAGACUUGGUGAUGUUGCUAAAUAUAUCCUGAGAAUACAAUGGCAAAAUUAGUUAGUUGUAUUGUUUUAGUUAAGACUUAACACCCGGUUUGGCUUUGCCUGAUUUCUCGGAUCAUUUUCCCAUUGUUGUGCAGGCCUAUCCCACUGCUAUGACGAUUAGAGGAUAAGAGAUUUCUUGAGUUAAUUAUUCUCUUCUUCAGGCAACGGCUCGUUCGUCAAGAUGUCGACCGAAGGCAAUUUCCCUGCUUAUGCUAAUUAUGCAGAUGGACUUGGACAGUGGCAAAAUAAAACCCUCCUUCUCCUGCAUCCCCCGCCCAAUUAUUCUCACCUCCCGACUCCAUCUCCCAUUUAAUCUGGCCUGCCAUUCCUCCCACCUCUCAGCUAUUAAAUCCUGCUCCUCUUCAGUAUUCACCGGUAUGUUGCCUCAUAAAGUCUCUGAUAAUUGCUUUUACUGAAGACGAGACAAUUCUGUAAAAACGCUGCGAUGAUUGUUAUUUUGUCCCGAUGUCUGAUUGUAUUAGGGCUACUGUAAACUGCAAUGAAAGUGUUCUAAAUAAAUCUCACUCUGUCAGGUGCUUUGAGUUCUGCUCACCAUUGUUGUUGGUAAAAGAGUGCCUUGGAUUGGUCCACAUAAAUAUGUGUGAGUCUCAAACGCCAACCUAUUCCCUAUGUAGUGCACUACUUUUGACCAGGGCCCAUAGGGUAGUAGUGGGAAUGGGGUGCCGUUUGGGACCCAUACUAACAUUCUUACAUAUGGAUGAAUGCCUGCCCAAAAAGUUGAUUGCUUCUAGAAAAAUGCAUGAACAGAAGUAGAUUUAUUCAUUGGGCUACUCGGUGCCUGCCAUCUUCAUUCCUACUCCCCUACAGUCGCAUUUCCUUACAGAACCAUAGAACCAUUCUCAGUGUACAUUGGAUCUGCUAAGGCAGUGGUUCUCAAACCUCUCCUCGGGACCCCCAGAAGUUCUAUGUAUUUGAUCUAUUCUAGAGCUAGUACACCUGAUUCAACUUGUCAACUAUUCAUCAAGCCCUUGACUAGGUGAAUCAGGUGAGCUAGUGCAGGACUACAACAAAGUUGUGAAACGUCUGGGGGUCCCCGAGGAAAGGUUUUAGAACCACUGCCUUAGAAGACCAUGUACACUGGGCUUUAUGGCUCACACACACCAGAGUUCCCCGAAAAGACACGCGCACACCACACACACACACACACAGCAGGGAUAGAGACGACAGGAACAACAACAUUCUGAAUUUACAAACACACACACACACACACACACACACACACACACACUGUCCCUCUGCUCUAUUUACAUUUUAGUCAUUUAGAAGACACUCUUAUCCAGAACGACUUACAGGAGCAAUUACGGUUAAGUGCCUUGCUCAGGGGCACAUUGACAGAUUUUUCACCUAGUCAGCUCAGGGAUUCGAACCAGCGACCUUUUGGUUACUAUUGAGACCGGUCAGUCUCUGAACUUUCAGCACACUGCUAUUCAUCCAUCCAGCCAUGCUAGCUGGCCGGGCAGUGUGGAACUGUGGAUGUAUUUGGUAUCACAAAGAUGUUCAGUGUGAAAGGAUACGAGAAAUAAACACUAACCCUGACUCAAGACCUCACGUCCCUGGUGGAAAGUCCUGUUCCCCUGCCAUGAGACCCAAACAGAUUCCUAACACAAAUAAACGUUUCUCUCUGUCAUUGUGGAGGGCUAUUAUACAGCAUGGAAACCACCCUUCUUCAGAUACUCAGUUACCCACAAAGACAGAUUAAGGAUAGCGUCAUGCAUUGCAUAGCAAUGUGUUUUUAAAUCCCUCUAUUGGACACAGAAAGGGGAAGGUUUUUUGCCUGGCUCGGUGAGCGUGCCAAAGAAAAUAGUUUUAUCUUUUUCACAAUGCUCAGCUUGCAUUAAGCACACUAUAAUAACACUUGACAAUGUCAUGCCAGAUGCUGCCAAACACAGCAUGGUGGUUUAACUAGGAACUAAUUGAGAAUUUCACUCUGGGUCUGCUUUUAAAUUAAAACAUGUAUUGUGGUAAAUGUGUUGUUAUAUCAAAUAAUUAAAUGUCCAAUGAAUAUCAAAUGAAAGCUUUAAAUGUGUUUAUUGUGUAAUGUAUAUCAAAGCCUUUCUCCUCCAUGUUGUCCUACAGGUAACUACCAGCUUUCCCCUACGGUCAACAUGCCCCAGGACGACACAGUCAUCAUCCAAGACGAUAGGCUGCCUGAACUUCCUGCCCACCUCUCUGACCAAUCGUCUUCCAGCUCCCAUGACGACGUGGGGUUCCACGUGGAGGUCCCUCCCCCCUGGGCUAAAGAGAUUCAAAUUCAGAAUGAGAGGUGAGGCUAUCGUCCCAAAUGGCUCCCUACAUAGUGCACUACUUUUGACCAGAGCCCUAUGGUCCCGGGUCAAAAGUAGUGCACUACAUAGGGAGUAGGGUGCCAUUUGGGGGACAGUUAAGCACUGGCUUGGUAACCUUCUGUUACCUCCCUGUCAAACACACAUUUCAUCUCCACGAACACCGCAGAGGGUUUCUGUGUUUAUUACAUUUACAUUUUAGUCAUUUAGCAGACGCUCUUACCAACUGUUAGUGUCAGACUUAACAUUCCUUUUGAUAAUCGGGACCAUGUUUUGCUAAGGUUUCGCAAUGGAAUGCUAGUAUUAUUUCAGUUGUAGCAAAUUAGACCUAGUACUGUGUAUUCAAAAGAUUCCACCCUUUUUUUCUACACUGAACCAGCUAGAAAUACACUGUAGGUCUAGAUCUUUUUCUUUAUACUGUAUGUUGAAACAUAAGGUCAAUGUGUCUCUCUAUGUUUGCUGAAUCCGUCUGAUUUUGAACGGAAAAUCAGGGACACCUACCUGCUGCCCACUUAACUGGGACUGUAUCCCAAAUGACACCAUUUUCCCUAUAUAGUGCACUACCAGAGCCCAAUGGCCCUGGUCAAAAGUAGUCCUGUAAAUACAGUGGGGGAAAAAAGUAUUUAGUCAGCCACCAAUUGUGCAAGUUCUCCCACUUAAAAAGAUGAGAGAGGCCUGUAAUUCUCAUCAUAGGUACACGUCAACAUGACCAGACAAAAUGAGGAAAAAAAAAAACCAGAAAACACCAUGUAGGAUUGUUUAAUGAAUUAUCUGCAAAUUAUGGUGGAAAAUAAGUAUUGGGUCAAUAACAAAUGUUUAAUACUUUGUUAUAUACCCGUUGUUUGCAAGACACAGGUCAAACGUUUUCUGUAAGUCUUCACAGUUUUUCACACACUGUUGCCUGUAUUUUGGCCCAUUCCUCCUCGUCGAUCUCCUCUAGAGCAGUGAUUUUUGGGCUUUUGCUGGCAACACGGACUUUCCAACUCCCUCCAAAGAUUUUCUAUGGGGUUAGAUCUUGGAGACUGGCCUAGGCCACUCCAGGACCUUAAUGCUUCUACGAAGCCACUCCUUCUUGCCCAAGGCCGGUGUGUUUUGGGAUCAUUGUCAUGCUGAAAGACCCAGCCACGUUUCAUCUUCAAUGCCCUUGCUGAUGGAAGGAGGUUUUCACUAAAAAUCUCACGAUACAUGGCCCCAUUCAUUCUUUCCUUUACACGGAUCAGUCAUCCUGGUCCCUUUGCAGAAAAACAGCCCCAAAGCAUGAUGUUUCCACCCCCAUGCUUCACAGUAGGUAUGGUGUUAUUUGGAUGCAACUCAGCAUUCUUUGUCCUCCAAACACGACGAGUUGAGUUUUUACCAAAAAGUUCUAUUUUGGUUUCAUCUGACCAUAUGACAUUCUCCCAAUCCUCUUCUGGAUCAUCCAAAUGCACUCUAGCAAACUUCAGACGGGCCUGGACAUGUACUGGCUUAAGCAGGGGGACACGUCUGGCACUGGAGGAUUUGAGUCCCUGGCGGCGUAGUGUGUUACUGAUGGUAGGCUUUGUUACUUUGGUCCCAGCUCUCUGCAGGUCAUUCACUAGGUCCCCCCGUGUGGUUCUGGGAUUUUUGCUCACCGUUCUUGUGAUCAUUUUGACCCCACGGGGUGAGAUCUUGCGUGGAGCCCCAGAUCGAGGGAGAUUAUCAGUGGUCUUGUAUGUCUUCCAUUUCCUAAUAAUUGCUCCCACAGUUGAUUUCUUCAAACCAAGCUGCUUACCUAUUGCAGAUUCAGUCUUCCCAGCCUGGUGCAGGUCUACAAUUUUGUUUCUGGUGUCCGUUGACAGCUCUUUGGUCUUGGCCAUAGUGGAGUUUGGAGUGUGACUGUUUGAGGUUGUGGACAGGUGUCUUUUAUACUGAUAACAAGUUCAAACAGGUGCCAUUAAUACAGGUAACGAGUGGAGGACAGAGGAGCCUCUUAAAGAAGAAGUUACAGGUCUGUGAGAGCCAGAAAUCUUGCUUGUUUGUAGGUGACCAAAUACUUAUUUUCCACCAUAAUUUGCAAAUAAAUUUAUUAAAAAUCCUACAAUGUGAUUUUCUGGAUUUUUUUUCCUCAAUUUGUCUGUCAUAGUUGACGUGUUCCUAUGAUGAAAAUUACAGGCCUAUCUCAUCUUUUUAAGUGGGAGAACUUGCACAAUUGGUGGCUGACUAAAUACGUCAUUUGGGACGUAGCAUUGACCUGAAGGGCUUUUGCCACCCUGUGAUGACGAGGUCCAGUCAGAGUCCUCAUCAGUGGUGCUGGGCUGGUCUGAGUGUGUUGUGAUUGUAACUCGUCCAGCCCAGUCAGAUUAGUCUCUGCUGUAAUCAGAGGCUCCUCAGGGAUGGUCCUGACUCUAGGAGCUGCAGUGGCUUGAUUUGAUGAUUGGAAGAUAUUGAUGAUGAUGGUUUGAUUUGCACUAGAACCACUAGAAUAAUCUCUCUCUGUCCCUCUCUUUUUCUCUCUCUCUCUCUCUCUCUCUCUCUCUCUCUCUCUCUCUCUCUCUCUCUCUCUCUCUCUCUCUCUCUCUCUCUCUCACACUCUCUUUCUCUCUCUCUCUGUCUUUUCUCCUCUCACACACUCACUCUCAUUCUUUGUCUCUGUCUUUGUGUCUCUCUCCAUCACUUCCUUCCCCCCUCUCCUCCUGUAGCACUCUGAGCCCUGAUGACACCGACCCAGAUGGAGCCUUUCAGAGGGAGGGCUUUGGCAGACAGAGUAUGUCAGAGAAACGGACAAAGCAGUUUGGAGAUGCCAGUCAGCUGGAGAUCAUCAAGACACGCAAGUCCAAGAGCAUGGAUCUAGGUACUAACCCAAACAACCACCAUGUCCCUUUCCUCCCUCUCAUUGACUCCCUAUAGGUCAGCCCUGCCUGGAACCAAUGGCACGACGUUAUAGGUUGGUUUACCAGACAGAGAUUUAUGGAAAGGUGGCAUCCUAUGACCCUGAGCUCUUUAGUAAGGCCAUUCUACUGCCAAUGUCUGUCUAUGGAGAUUGCAUGGCUGUGUGCUCGAUUUUAACGGUUGUGGCUGAAAGAAAUAGCCGAAUCCACUAAUUAUGAAGGGUUGUCCACAUACUUUUGUAUAUAUAGUGUACAUACACAUACCCCACUCAUUGUUAAUUGCAUCUAUAAGACUUGCAUUGCACACCCUGAUAUUUGCGGCUUCUACUCUAUGUAAUCUAUGUGUGACGCAUUUCUCUGUCUUUUAUGUGACAUCAAACAGGUUGAUGCACUGGAUCUGCCACACCUCAGAAUAAUGUUUCAGAUGACAUUAGACCAUCCUGAUCGCUUUGGCUCACAGUCAUCUUCCCCCUCACACACCCUAUGGCUGCGUCCCAAAUGGCACCCUGUUCCAUUUAUAUAUAGUGCACUACUUUUGACCAGUGGUGCCCUAUAAAAAGAAUAGGGUGUAAUUUGGGACACAGCCUAUAUCUAAUCUGCUUCUGAUCCCCACUGAAUUACUGUAGUCCUGCACUGUGUUUAUAUCACAAUAGCUCUGAUUGCUAUCCUAAACCCCUCCAUUUCCCUGUUUUUCUGUCUCUGUGUCUCGCAUGGUCUCUGAUUGCCCUUGAAAUUGCCCAAAGAUGUGAUGAUGUACGCACUGUACAGUAACAUUGUUGGAAUGUUUGCAUGUUGAAUGUGCUCACUAACCAAUCCUAAAUGUUUAUUGCCCCCCUUUAACAGUAGCCGACGAGAUUAACCUCACCCCUCGCAAAGAGAACACACCAGGUAAGGAGUGACAUGUCACUGAGGGAGAACGGACACCUCAUCCAUUCCAGUCCCUCCCCACAUUCCAUCCUGCGAAUCCAGACCUGUAGAAUCUACCACCUCACAAUGAGAAGAGAAUAGAAUACAAAGAACCUUGAGACAGUUUGAGGUCAAUGUGGGUGGGAGAAUAUGGACUUGGCAGUGAUUUUUCUUAAGACACGGUAGCACUGCUAAUUGUUCUGUGGAUGGGAAUGUGAGGAGGGAGAGAGAGAUAUAGGAAGAGCGAAAGAGAGCGAUUGAUUGAGAGAGGGAGAGAGCGAGAGAAAGAAAGAAAGAACGCUCUGUCCUUGGCUGGUGCUGCAAACUGACAGCAAGUCAUCCGUCAUUGUCAGCUGUGUGUUUUCACAGCCACCUCUAAAUAGAAGCUCCUUCGAAGGAUGGGAUUUAGCUGAAUGGCACAGUGAAAGCAGGAGAAAGGAAGGGAAACAACAGGAAAUGGAGGCGGUCUGGUAGAACUACUGUACACAUGAAUGAGACUAAAUAUUUCAAUGUCCCUUGUUAGGACACUUUGUUUUCUCCAAACAUUGUCUGAGCAGUCACUAGCAAGAGAGAGAUGCCUGGUUUGCGACCCAAAUUGCACCCUAUUUCCUAUUCAGUGCACUACUUUUGACCAAAGCCCUAUAUAAGGAAUAGGAUUCCAUUUGGGAAGCAGACCCAAACUUUAACGUGGGUGGCCAUGGAUAUGGUGGCAGCUUGGCUGGAAAAUUGAAUAGAUUGCAGCCUGAACAAGCAGUGCUGGUGCCUAUUCAUUUUCAUCAGGCUGUCCUGUCCUCUUAACGUCUCACUGAAGCAGCGGCUGAUGGGCUUUCAUGCAUCAAACUCCAUUCAUUUGGUUUUAGCGUUCAGCCAGCAGCUGCACCGCAUGCUUCCCAGUCACACCUCGGUGGUAGUCUUAAAAAUUACAUUAAUUCAGGCCUCUGACAGACGGCGUGAGUCAAGAACAUCAGGCAGUGGUUUGUUUGAGAAAGAGCUUUGGGAAUUUCAGAUAGUCAGAUCUGGCAACGUCCAGCCUUCUACAUAUCUGCAUUGGCAUGUUUGUUUCAGAUAGUCAGACCUGGCAACCCAGCUCCAACAUAUCUGUACUAGGCAUGUUUGUUUCAGAUACCAGACCUGGCAACCCAGCUCCAACAUAUCUGUACUAGGCAUGUUUGUUUCAUAUAGUCAGACCUGGCAACCCAGCUCCAACAUAUCUGUACUAGGCAUGUUUGUUUCAGAUAGUCAGACCUGGCAACCCAGCUCCAACAUAUCUGUACUAGGCAUGUUUGUACAGACUGCCACCCUAUUCAAGCUGAAGAUAACGCGGGUCGUACAGAGAUCGGCGGUGGUGCCUUAUAAUAAUAAUAAAUACAGGUAUCAAUCACCCUGCAGUCGGGAGGAAGGUCGAACAGGGAAUACCCUGGAAGUGUCCCAAAUAGCACCCUAUAUCUUAUAUAAUGCACUACUUUUGACCAGGGCCCAUGGAACUCUGGUCAAAAGUAGUGCACUAUGUAGGGAAUAGGGUGCCAUUUGAGAUGCUGCCACUGUGUGGCUAUAGGACCCACUGGAGUUGCACAUAUAGGCACGUAACCGACUGGAAACGUCCUGGAAAGUUUGAAGGAAUGACUGUUGCUAUUGGCCAUUAGGGAGCUGUAUACCAGUGGGCAAACAGCCCUGCAUUGCCCUCUACUAACCUAGUGGACAAACAUGUGGAUACAGUCUGUGUCAACAAGGUCCUAUUGCCAAUCAGUGGAUAAGUGUGGCCCAGUGGCCCAGGUUAUUGUGUCCCAUCACUCCCCUCUCGCAGGCUACGUCCAUUCCCUAUAUAGUGCACUACUUUUGACCAGAACUCUAUGGGACAUCACUCCCCCUCCCAGGCUGUCACUGUCAUCAGUUUCCCCAGGAUUUGGGAUUUGUUUUGGGCCUGCUAAAUGGACCAUGCCUCAUUGCUACUUUAGCUGGGAGUGUAUAUUAAAGAAGGAGAGUGUAGCACAGGGGCCGGGUAGAGAGAACCCCUGAAACGCUUAAGAAAAUAGCCUGAAAUCUAUUAGCCUCUAAAAGUUAUUAGGGCGAAAUUGAAUAGGUAUUCUUUCCUAUUUUUUUCCACAAAUUAAAUUGUAGGAGGGUGGUGAUCGUACAAUGUACAAAACUAUUUUUUAUAUAUAUAUUUUGUGGAUGUCAUUUUACAGACAGGUAAAUAAAGUACAUGUGUGCCUCUUCUUUGCCAAGUCUUAAACUGGAGGCUAGAAACAACAGGUCUGCAUCCCAAAUGGCACCCUAUUCCCUAUAUAAAGCACUACUAGUACUAGCACCCUGGGUCUCUUGUUUACCCAGUCCCCCAGUAGCUCUGCUACAGUAUACUUUGUGGAUUAGAGGGAGAGAGAGUCUGCUGGGCUGUUCCCCUGAAGUAAUCCAUCCCUCUCUCUGUUUGCAUCCCAAAUGCCACCCUAUUCCGUAUAUAGUGCACUACUUUUAUAUGGGCCCUGGUCAAAAGUAGUGCACUACAUAGGCAAUAGGGUGCCAUUUGAGCCGCAUCCUCUCUACACCUCCCUACCACUCUACCUUUAUUUCUCUACAAUACCCCCUCAACCUGUGAGUGAUGAAGAGAUGUACUGUACACCUACAGGGGUUUUCAACUCUUACCCUACGAGGUCCGGAGCCUGCUGGUUUUCUGUUCUACCUGAUAAUUAAUUGCACCCACCAGUCCCUGAUUAGAGUGGAAGAAUGAAAAAAAUCUUUGAGGUCCAGAUUUGAAUUUGAGGGACCUACUCUUAUCUAGGCUUUAGCCAAAACACUAUCAUUGUAAAGGUUUAUCCCCUUUUUUCUCAAUGCAACAUAACCCAUUUGGUUACAUGUUACACAGUGUGAGCUCCAUCCAAGUUUUCAUUACAACUCACAGGUAGUAAAGUAAAAUAACAAAAUGCUUUAGUUAAACACAGCCCUGUAUUUAAAAAAUACAAAAGCUCCUUUAGUUCACUCACAGCUUUAUCAAUUAACUACGUUUUGAUACUGUUGCUCCUCCCUAGGGUCUUCCACCAGGGACGUGGGUCCUUCCCUAGGCCUCAAGAAGUCCAGCUCUCUAGAGAGUUUACAGACAGCCGUUGCCGAGGUAACACUGAACGGUGACAUGCCCUUCCACAGGCCACGCCCACGCAUCAUCAGGGGGCGGGGCUGCAACGAGAGCUUCCGGGCCGCCAUCGACAAGUCAUACGACAGGCCAGGCGCUACAGAGGAGGACGAUGAGGACAUGGAGACAUGUAAGAUAGACUUCUAUUGGACAGAUCUCCAUAAGAUAGACUUCUAUUGGACAGAUCUCAGUAAGAUAGACAUCUCUUGGACAGAUCUUAGUUCAGGAGACAUGUAAGAUAUAAUUAUAUUGGAUAGAAAUCUUAGCUAACCAAGGCCAAAUACUUUCACACAUACAUACUGUAUCUUCCAUUGAUAUCUACACACAAUUAAUGGUAAAGUUCAAGUUACCUGUGCGUAUUAAAGGUCAGGAUUCAAGAUCAAAUAUUCAAAGACCAUUUCUUCUUUAAAGAUUCCGCCAAUAUAAAACAUUCUGUUACUGUCUGUCCAGUGGAGGAGGACACCGAGGAGAGCUCUCGGUCCGGGCGCGACUCUGUGUCCACCGUGGCAGACCUGACCCCACUACCCAACACAGAGAGACCGCUGGUCAAUGGCAACCACACCAAUGAAGACAAGAAGAAGGAUAAGGGAGGGAAUGAUAAAAAGAAACAGAGGGACAAAGAGAAGGACAGCAAGAACAAGGCUAAGAAAGGCAUGCUAAAAGGCCUGGGAGACAUGUUCAGGUAGGACGCAUGGACGCACACACUCACUCUCCAUCCUCCUUUACCGGUGUUUUACCCACCAUUAUAAGUGGGUACUGGGAUCAUGCCUUUCAUCUGAUUGUCUGAGAUGGUCUCUGAUUGUCUGAGAUGGUCUCUGAUUGUCUGGGAUGCUCUCUGAGCUGUCCGAGAUGGUCUCUGAUUGUCUGGGAUGCUCUCUGAGCUGUCCGAGAUGGUCUCUGAUUGUCUGGGAUGCUCUCUGAGCUGUCCGAGAUGGUCUCUGAUUGUCUGGGAUGGUCUCUGAUUGUCUGAGAUGCUCUCUGGGGUGUCUGGGAUGCUCUCUGGGGUGUCUGGGAUGCUCUCUGGGGUGUCUGGGAUGCCAAUGAUCAGAUAUUCCUAGUGGUUUUGAAAAGGCUAUGUCCCAAAUAGCAUCCUAUUCCCUAUAUAUAGUGCACUACUUAUUUAGUAAAAGUAGUGUACUAAAUAGGGAAUAGGGUGCUAUCGUGGUUCUGACAGAGAGAAUGCCGACAGUGUAAAAUAAUGAGAUCCAGUGCGAAGGAGAAGGAGCUCCUGGCAGACAUGCAGAUCAGAUGUGUUUGGCCUAAAGAGGUGUGUGUGUUAUUGUGUUUGGCCUUAAGAGGUGUGUGUGUUUGGCCUAAAGGUUGCUGGAAGCUGGAAUAAUUUGGCUGCUAUAAUCGCAGGGAACUGUAGAAUCAUUAUGCAGUUGUUCUCCCAUUGACACGAGCACUGUCAGUAGUUACACACGCAAGUAUACACACACAUACAUACAUACAUACACACACACACACUACACACUUUAAUCAAGCCCAGAUAAAGUAUUUGAAAUACUAUUUAAACCCAGGUCUUGUUGGAGUGUGUCGCAGAGACAGAGGCUAGUCAGAGCUGACCCUCUCAGCUCUCUGGGCACCACACACACGCACACACACAUUCAUACACACUGCAGCCCAAUCAAAGCCUCAUUACCAUCAAAGCACCAUAAGACCACAGAAGCCUCCCUCUCCUACUAUACACCAAUCACCACUUGGACUCAAAGCAACACCCAAUCUGCUCGCUUGGCAGCCUCCUCAAAAUGGCCACUGCCCAGACACACACUAACACACACACGUGGCAGCAUCAGUACGGUUGGUUUUUCAAUGCUACGGUAUAGUGAAGUGAAGAACUGUAGUACUGUAACUCAUGAAUGUCUCGAGCUGUGCUAGAGUCAGUGAAACUGUCAAGCCAGACCUUAUCAGGUCAAGAUGAAUUUGAUAUGCAUCUGUUACGUGAUUGCAAUGCAUCCUGUCUGUCCAUCUCAUAUCUAUGUGGUUUGAUUUUAAACCGUCGUGGCUUAUCGUCAUCUUCUCAUGGACAGUCUUUAUCUGAGAAAAUAACUCUACCGCAAAUAUUUAAAGCAAUGCAGUCUCUCUUUCUCUCUCUCUCCCUUUCUCUCUCGCUCUCUCUUUCUCUCUCUCUCGCUCUCUCUUGCUCUCUCUCUCUCUCUCUCUCUCUCUGUGUUAUGACACUUUCUCAACAGAGCCAUUGAACUUGAAGUCUCAAGUCGCCUGCUUCUUUAACUAAAAUAUAUCUUGUAAAUUCCCAUCUUAUCAUUGGUGUGGAACUCAUAAGCAGAUAAAUUAUAAGGGUUCUGUGUACAGAAUAUGAAAUGCCCUUCUGUCAUGAUGAAUGUCCUACUCGUCUCAGAAAGUUUCACUAGUUCCUCCUAUCAUAAAUCUCCAGUGUGUCUGAAGGAGACUGUGGCUGUGUCCCAAAUGGCAGCCUAUUCCCUAUAUACAUAGGGGCUCUGGUCUAAAGUAGUGCACUAUAAAGGGAAUAGGGUGCCAUUUGGGAGUCCCAAUAAAAUUGGGACGUGGCUGGUGUUUAAGGAGACUUAAUGGAAUCCACUGGAGUGUAAAGAGAAACUGUCACCCGCUGUCUCUGUGAUAGAUAGGACUGCUCUUCAUAUUAACACCUACACAUCACUGUCAACGACUUUAUGCUACAUUUGAGGCCAUUUGUUGAUCAAUUAAUCAGGUAAUAGACCUCCCCCUGCUGUAUUUCACUCUCAUCCCUGUCUCUCGCUCUGUCUCCUUUCAUUAUCUCUCACACUUACUCUCUCGCUCUCUAUUGAACUCGGAGAGACUCUGCAUGCCAAUUUCCCUCUGAAUAAGCCUUGGCAAACUCAGUCAAGUAGAAUGAAAAAGUUGAGAGCUAAACAUUUGAUGGAGUUUUUGUCAGAAGAGAGUUGGAGAGAAUGGCAGAGUUGAUCACCAUUAGUAGUUUACUAGUUAUUGUCUCUGGGGGAACUGUUUGAAUGCGUCCCAAAUGGCAUCCUAUUCUCUAUAAAGUGUCCUACUUUUAACCAUGUCCGAUAGGGCUCUGGUCAAAAGUAGUGCAUUAGGGAAUAGGGUGCCAUUUGGGAUGCACCCUUAGAAAUACCCAAAUUGAAGCCAUUUCGGUAAAAUUGUUUGUCUGCUGCCCCUAAUUAUAUUUCAGGUUUGGUAAACAUCGCAAGGACGGAGAGAAAAUAGAGCGUAAAGGAUCAAGCAAGUGGAGGCCAGAGGAGCUACAAGCCUCAGAGGAAGAAACACUGAGGAUGAGGCUGGAGCAGGAG